CCAACAGGUUCAGUCUACCAGUCCGUCAGCAUUUCCGACCAAUUACCAUAUACGUCCAUGUCCCAGAGGGAAAUUUCCAGAACGCCAUCAAAAACCAUUGACACCAUGAAGGACUAUCAGACAUCAGCGUAUGAAAAUGGGUGGAGUGGAGGAUACUCACAAUAUGGCCAACGGAGGCAGGAAAAUGGUUGGGCUGGGAGCUACAAUACCUACAGUCAGUGGGGUACUGAAAGAGACUUGAACCAGAGGAAGCCUCUAUCUAGAAAGGAGGUUUCUCCAGAAAGAGAAGUUGGAAUGGGAACAUAUGAACAAAGGAAAAAUACAUCAGCCAGCUUAAGAUAUCCAGAUCACCGGCAGUACAAUGCCUCCACUGCCCGCUACUCACGCUCCGAAUUUGGAACUGCGGCUAAAGCACGGCAGAGCACCACCAGAAAGUCCAACAUGUCUGACCAAGAUUCUGUGUUCAUGAACAGCGGCCCAAACAGUCCAGCCAAAGCCAUCUAUGAACAGAGGAACAGCCGAAGUCUAAACAACCUUCUUGAUAAGGAGAAUUACCAGACUUCCUACAUGGCAGGUAGUGGCCAAGUUAAAGCAGUAAUCUCACCACAACAGAUGUACAGUAGACCAGAGAUUCACAGAGCGACAUACCAAAAGACUGUCUACAGGACUGGAAGGGGGGAUUAUUCUGGAGUCAGUGGAAUGAACAUGAGUGGCAAGAGAACAACCAUGACAGCUGGGAGGGUUGCUGCUGGAAGUGGAAUUGUGCAAGACCGUGUUGAUGGUGUCCAGAUGGAAGGGCCUGUUGGAAGCUCAGCUCCGGUUCAGGUGACGUCAGAGGUGGACAUGACCCUGGAGAGGGCAGUGAGUGUGCUGCAAAGUGACAACUCCACCUCAUACUGGCAAGUUGCAGCUGCCAACUUCAUUCAACAUGAGUGCUUCCAGAAGAUUGAGGCAAGAAGGCGGGUAUACACCCUAGGUGGGAUUCCACGGCUGAUACGCCUUCUGAACAAUGACAAUGAGGAAGUGCAGCGGGCAGCCUGCGCGGCUCUCAGGAAUUUGGUGUUCGAGGACAACGAUAACAAACUGGAGGUGUGCGAACAGAGGGGGAUGCCAACUCUACUGAACUUGAUGAGAGAUACACAGGACCUGGAGAUAAAGAGACAAAUCACAGGCUUACUCUGGAACCUAUCAUCCAACGACCAGCUGAAGGUCAUGCUGAUUCGGGACGCUCUGAGCACCCUGACCAAGAGUGUUAUCAUCCCAUGUUCCGGCUGGAAGGAGGGCGAGUACUCCAAGAACGACAUGAUGAAUGAUGCUGACAUCUUCUACAAUGCCACCGGAUGUCUCAGAAACAUGAGCUCAGCAGGCCCAGAGGGACGACAAGCCAUGAGAGGCUGCGAUGGCCUCAUCGACUCCCUUGUACAUUAUGUCAGAAAGAGCAUCGCUGACUACAAACCAGACGACAGGGCCACAGAAAACUGUGUGUGUAUCUUGCACAACUUGUCAUACCAGUUGGAAUCUGAGCUGCCAACCCAAUACAGCAAGUAUUUCUAUGUACAGAACAGGAAACGAGGCUCCCAGCGACACAAGCAUUGGCUGUUUUGGUGGUCGUAGCAGGAAGGUUAAAGAGCAAUGGGGAGACACCCCAGUAGCAGAAGAAAUCAGCAACCCACGAGGGGUGGAAUGGCUGUGGAACUCUAUUGUUGUACGAAUGUACCUGUCACUCAUUGCCAAGAGCUCCCGAAAUUACACGCAGGAAGCAUCCCUGGGGUCACUCCAGAAUCUCACCGCCGGCAACGGAUCGAUGCCUUUCUCCGUUGCUCAGAUGGUCGUCCAGAAAGAGAAUGGACUUCAGCACAUCCGAAAUAUGCUGUUUGCAAGUGAUCCAGGAGUGAAGCGGACAACAGUCUCUUUGCUGCGGAAUUUGGCACGCAAUUCUUCUCUCCACAAUGAUAUCGCCACAGAACUGAUGCCUGAUCUAGUGCGGGCCCUGCCAGACUCUGUCCCAGACUCCAACAUUGCCAACGAAACCGCCGCGUCCCUGUGCUACGUCCUCAACAGUCUGAUCAGCAGCAACUCUCAGAACGCAAAGCUCCUCCUGCAAAACGGCGGUGUCCGCAAACUCAUCAAUCUUAGCAGCAGUGACGGGACCAUGGGGUCUAAAGCUGGAAAAGCCGCCUCACUUGUCCUGUACAAUAUGUGGUCACAUCAAGAACUUCACAGUGCCUACAAGAAGGCAACAUUUAAAAAAGGAGAUUUUGUCAACCCCAAAACUUCAAAAGCAUACCAUUCCCUGUGA